AUGCACAUUCGCUAUUCGUGCCCAAUACAUGCACGACAAGCUCUUUCACGAAAUGCAUCGCUUAUUGAUUCUUCAUUACGUGUCGGUGUCAUUCCUUGCACAGAUAAGGAGAUCGUUGGGGCGGAUGCGUCGCAGAUAACCUCACCACUUUUCAAUAGAUCAUCCGUGGUUGACCAAUCAAUAAGCGAAGAAGCGCCAGAUGAGAUUCCCUCAAUUACACCCAGUAAAGAAAACCAAGACUCGCUCAACGAAUCUUUGAGUGGGCGCUCGCUUGUCGAUGGCAUCCAGAGCCGGCAUGCGAUCGCUCACAAUUUCCUAUGA